CUACGAAAUCCUUUUUCUAUUAAAUGAAAAGUGAUAGCUCCACACGUUGUGUGCUAACGAUGAUGUGGUAAGGAUUGUCAGUGGGAUUUACAUCUUAUAAAUAAUGACAAUAAAGUGAGUCCUGAUAUAUCCUACAUAGCACUGCCCUAUGACAAUUAGCCAAUGGAACUGAAUUGUAACGUUCAGUUAGAGAAAGCCACUGAAACGAACGCAAUGACAAAAUACAUCAAAUGUCACCGGUCCCCCGGACGAACAAGUACUUAACCAAUAUCCUCGAUCCUUGACCGUCGCCUGGUAUGCGUGACCGCGGUCAAGGUUGACGUAUUCCUGCCUGUAUAGCUGUCACAUUUUGUCUUGUUUGUGUUUGUCAAAGUCGACAGUCGACAUUGUUAGAAACAACUCUAAAGAUCAACACCAUUUCCUAAAAUACGUGUUGUCUUGCAUGGGCCUCCUUCGAUAUUUUUUAUAUCAUUACUGAAUUUAAACAUACUGUGAAUAAAAAAUGCUAAAAUUUCACGUCCAAAAAAACGCCGAUACAUAUAUUUUAAGGAAGAAAGAAAAGUUAUCUACCAGCUUGUUCGAUGUCGUAAAGGUUUCAAAUGAAUGAACUUUAACCGUGUUUAAUGUCAUAUUUUGAGCGUAUUAAAUCGUGGAAUAUUUGAGUAAUACUAAAAUGCGCCAAAGAGACUGAUUUUGAAAGGUUUUGAUGAGACUGAUGGUUUAGUAGGACUCGACAAAACAAUAUACAUACAUACGUCGAACAAUUUCAAUAAUGAUAUGACAUCUAUGUUUAAGCACACUCCGAGACGAUAGGCCAUAAACAUGUAUUCUCUAAUUACAUUCAAUUACUGACAGUAACAUGUGUUCACUAAUUACAUUCAAUUACUGACAGUAACAUGUGUUCGCGAACAUGUUUUGUUUAGAAUUACGGAUUUUGUAUUUGGCAGAAAUAUAUAUAAGUGAAUAUUUACACCGAAAUUAUGAAAUUUAUGAAAUAUGCAAACUGUUUUGUUUAGUUACAGAAUUCUGACAUUUUGUACUAUCAAUCUCCUGUCACAUAUAAUCCACUAGACAUGUAGCAGCGGCUGGUGUUUAUAUCCUGACUACCAGAAAGUGAGACAUGAUGUAUGUAUAAUGUUUUCAUCAGUACAUAGUCUGUCUAGAGGAAGGUAAUAUUGAAAAACACCACUUUUCACUGUCGAUCUGCCUGCCCACAAGGACAAACAAGGUAUGUAGGCUUCAAUGCAUUCCUGCUACUUUCAGUUCACUGAUGCAUCAGCAAAUUAAAUAGAUAAAAACUCGUCUUGCAAAGUAAGGCUGCAACUAAUAUCCCAGCUUAUGCUAUCAGUUACUAGAUUUCAUGGAGAUAUGCUGCGUACGCAAGCAUAAAUUGUACAGGGUGUAAGGACCAGUGCACAAAACGGAAGAUCGUAUUGUUGUCUACUCUAGGUAACAAGCUGCAACGAUGUCGGACAUUGACCAGUACGACUAUGUGCGAUUCACUGUGGGCGACAUACAUGGACGGGCCAGAGGAAGAGUGAUUCCUGCGAGGCAUGUGAAGAAGUUUUUGGAGACAGGCAUAACCCUAUAUGGAGGUUUCCUGACAUUUGACCUUAAGAACGAAGACGUCCCCAUAUCCAUAGACGACCCAGACUCCAAAAGAAUUCCUAAAGCGUUUGCAAUAGCUGAUCCAAGUACUCUCUACGCUGUACCAUGGGCAAGUGAGAACGGAUUGAAGGUUGCUGACAUCAUCUGUGAAAGUUACUGGUUGAAAGAUAAGACGAAACAACUGGCAUGUCCCCGAUACGUUGCUACACAACAACUGGAGAAGCUAGCAGACCAUGGCUUCAGCUUCUUCUCUGGUUUUGAAUUGGAGUUCCUGUUGAUGAGACCAGGUGAAACAUCGUCACAGCAGUAUGAUCUGAUGAAUCAACGCCUUAUAACGAAGCACAGCGAUUUUCUAUUUCACCUUGAAAGGCAUAUGUACCUUGCUGGCGUUGAUAUUGAAAAUAUUCAUGCUGAGUAUGAAGCGAACACCUUUGAAGCUGUCCUUAAGCCAUCCUAUGGGAUCACAAGCGCAGAAUCUUGCUUUAAGUUCAAGACUGGAAUUUUAGAAAUAGCUGAUAAGAAAGAUCGCAUUGUCAGCUUUCAGUCAAAACAUAAUGUGGGGGAAAUUGGAAUGCAUUUCAACCAUUCCCUUUGGUCAUUAUCUGAUGGUGUCAACGUCUUCCAUGAUCCGGGAAGUCGGGAUGGCCUCAGUCCGUUAGGUCAGUAUUGGUUGGCUGGAAUUCUGAAACAUUCAAAAGCCCUGACUGCCCUAUGGUGUCCAACCAGCAACUGCUUUGAGCGUUUGCACAAACCUAAUUUACCAGGGCCAAUCUUCUGGAGCACUGAUGACCGAGCGGCUUGUGUGAAACUUAAGUCUUUGGAAACUGGAACAUAUCUGGAACAUCGUAUUCCCAGCGGGAUGAGCAACCCCUACCUCACCAUGGCGGCCACCAUUGCUGCAGGUCUUGACGGGAUUGUGAAGAAGAUGGAGUGUCCUCCUGUUGACGAAUUCUCCCAAGGCGCUCUUCCUUGCACUCUGUUGGAGGCGAUAGAUGACCUUGAGAGGGAUACGGACAUGGUGAAUAGUUUGGGUGUUGAGUUCGUUGAAUGGUUUGUUCGCACACUCAAGAGUGACACUGACCCAUGUGUUUUGAAGAACAGAUACACGUCAACACACUGAAGGGAGUUAUCCCAGUUGAUAUCCCAACUGAUAAAUAUGUAUAUACGUAUCACUGUCAUUAUUUAACAGGAAACGUUCGAUAUCCCAACUGAUAAACAUGUAGAUACUACUUGAUAUAUGUAUAUGUAUAAUCGUCAUAUUUAACAGGAAACGUUCGCUAUCCCAACUGAUAAAUAUCUAGAUACUACUUGAACUCUAAGUACGUACAUGUAUCAUCGCCAUUAAUAAACAGAGAACGUUCGACUUACUAACGCUGACACUAUGGGAUAUUUACCAAUUUAACGGCACGUCAACCUAAUCCAGAAUGUAGCCACACAUGUACUCUUUUAUCAAACUUCGGAUGUUUGGAAGCAGUUAGCAAAGGCAACAUAUUGUUGUUACAUUCCUAUGCAAUGAAACCGUAAAGAUGCCUGCGUGUGGUCUAUAUACUUAUAGCCUGCACUGCUUGGUCCGACAAAUAAAAUGUAAAAAGUCACAUCUAAAAAGAGCCUUUCAAUUUGUUUUCCGGGCGGAAACCUUAAAUCACAUGGCCAUGAGCAAUAGGUUAUGAAUCCGCAUAAGAAAGCAUUAAAUUACUUGCUUUUGCGAUAGCUAUCCCUUGGAAACAUGGUCUUGAAAGAAAUAAAGAACGGGUUUGCAGCAACUGCUCCAUUACGUUAGUUGACUAUCCACUGACAGAGUGGCUAGUUCAGCCUGACAUCCCAAUAACGUGUAUUAUCAUCCUGCAAACUGACACUGAAAUACGACAGGGCCAUACAGGCAAAACACAAUACCUUCAACAUUGUUAAUCUGAAGUGUAUAGAGGCUAUUCAGGUUUUCGCAUUUGAAAUGUUAACAUUUAGAAAUGUGUAUUAUAAAGAACCCAGUUACCAAACUCGAUUUUUGGCCUUUUUUCGAUGAAACUAUUAAAGUAUCUUGUACUCAGUCAUUUCAGCUAUUUCGUUAUAUUCAAUUAACGUGAAAAACUCUUCCCAAAUAUGAAACCGAUGCGUGGAAUACUUUCAUUCUUGCUGGAGAAAUACCUGUGUUGUGGGAGUGACAUAUAUAUCCGGAUAUUAACACUUACAUCAUAACACCCUUCAAUGGUAUUUUAAGUACAAAGCAUAGUACCUGUUCAGUGUUCCAUUAAAUGUAUACCAUACUUUUAUGUGAUUGCCUGUGAGUUAAGCAUUCCAAAAUAUUCCAUUGGCUCACUGAUCACUCUACACUAACGUUAUAUAAUGCUUGAAGUUUUUAAACCACAGUAAUUCUAUGCAUUUCGUGAUGAAAUAUAUUGUUUAAAAAUGUAGUAAAUAUAUUUCUCCAGAGUGAAAUCAUACCUUUUGCAGGGACCUUUUCAGCCAGCCUGUUUUCAAACUGAGAUCGGUUAGAAAAUACAUUACGCCCUUAUCAUGAACGUAUGAAAACAGCAUGUUGAAAUCUAAACAAUUCAAGCAAGGAUCUACUCUGAUACCAUAGUGAGACAGCAAAAUAGGUCAAUAUGUCAGUGCAAUCGUUUAUACAACUGUAUUCAUGUAAAACGAAAACUGGGUGUUGGGGAAGAAUAAAGUAUUAUCAUCAACUGUAA